AUUGAUAAGAUGGAUAAGAACCACACAUGCAUGUUCUUGAUUGAAUAAUAAAAUGGAUGAUGUUCUUCAACAUAUAUGUAUUAAUACUACAUUUCUUCAGUAGAAUUAAAUAAAUGGGAAUGGGAAUGGGAACAAUGCUGCUCCAUCACCCCAUUAACUACUGCUGCUGCUGCUACUACUACUCAUCAUCUUCAUCAUUUUCAAAACUCCACAAGUUCAAUUCUAGUUUGAGUUUGAGUUCCAAUUCCAAGAAAGCAUGGAGAAUUAGAGCAGCAGCAGGUCAUGAAGCAGCAGACAAACAAAGUGCUGAUGUCAGUAUUGUUCCCAGAUGGAACGCCGGACGUGCAAUACAGAAGGGCCUGCGGAGGCCAGAAGCUUAGGGACUUCAUGCUCGAUAACAAUCUUGAAUUGUACGGUCCUUAUGUAUGUGGGCUAUUUGAGUUCUGGAACUGGUGGAGGCGUUUGGCGAGGCGGUUGAUGUAACCGACCAGACGACGUUUCAAAACGUUUCGUCUUGGGCGGUUGACGGCGGUUGCUGGCGACGGUGCGAAAACGUCUUUUCAAGCCAGUACAAAGGUAGGUGUUACGUACGAAAUUUAGAAUUAGGUUAAAAGCCCAAGGUAAAAAGAAGAAUGGGCCUGGCAAUAGGGUUAAUUGAACUGGAUGAAAGACACCGUGAGGAAAUCAAGGAAAAUAAAUUUAUUUCUAAGGAAAAUACAAGACGGAAAGUCCUCAGGACGGAAGGACCUCAGGUCGGGAGGUCCUCAGGACGGAAGGACCUCAGGUCGGGAGGUUCUCAAGACGGAAGGACCUCAAAUCGGCAGGUCCUCAAGACGGAAGGACCUCAGGUCGGUAGGUCUUCAAGACGGAAAGACCUCAAGACGGAAGGUCUUCAAGUCGGAAGGUCUUCAAGUCGGUAGGUCCUCAAGACGGAAGGACCUCAGGUCGGUAGGUCUUCAGGACGGAAAGACCUCAGGUCGGAAGGUCUUUAGGUCGGGAGGCCCUCAAGACGGAAAGACCUCAGGUCGGAAGGUUUUCAGGUCGGGAGGCCAUCAAGACGGAAAGACCUCAGGUCGGAAGGUUUUCAGGUCGGGAAGUCCUCAAGACGGAAAGUGGUCAGGUCCGGAAGUCCUCAGGUCGGGAGUUCCUCAAGACGGGAAGUGGUCAGGUCGGGAAGUCCUUAGGUCGGGAAGUCCUCAAGACGGAAAGUGGUCAGGUCCGCAAGUCCUCAGGUCGGGAGUUCCUCAAGACGGGAAGUGGUCAGGUCGGGAAGUCCUCAAGACAGAAAGUGGUCAGGACGGGAAGUUCUCAGGUCGGGAUGUCCUCAAGACAGAAAGUGGUCAGGACGGGAAGUCCUUAGGUCGGGAAAUCCUCAAGACGGAAAGUGGUCAGGUCCGGAAGUCCUCAGGUCGGGACGGCCUCAGGUCGGGAGUUCCUCAAGACGGGAAGUGGUCAGGUCGGGAAGUUCUCAAGACGGAAAGUGGUCAGGUCCGGAAGUCCUCUGGUCGGGAAGGCCUCAGGUCGGGAGUUCCUCAAGACGGGAAGUGGUCAGGACGGGAAGUCCUUAGGUCGGGAGUUCCUCAAGACGGGAAGUGGUCAGGACGGGAAGUCCUCAGGUCGGGACUUCCUCAAGACGGAAAGUGGUCAGGUCGGGAAGUCCUCAAGACGGGAAGAGGUCAGGACGGGAAGUCCUUAGGUCGGGAGUUCCUCAAGACGGGAAGUGGUCAGGACGGGAAGUCCUUAGGUCGGGAGGUCCUCAAGACAGAAAGUGGUCAGGACGGGAAGUCCUUAGGUCGGGAUGUCCUCAAGACGGAAAGUGGUCAGGUCGGGAAGUCCUCAGGUCGGGAUUUCCUCAAGACGGAAAGUGGUCAGGUCGGGAGGUCCUCAAGACCGAGAGAAAAAAAAAAAGAAAAUUUAUUUACAUAAAUAAUUUUGGAAACUAUUUUCAAAAUAUUUUAAAGCCGAGAAAACUUUGUUUACAAGUACUUUAGCACUAUUUUUUAAUAUUUAAAAAAUUAUAAAUCAUCAAAUAUAUACUAAAUUAUAAAUCAUCAAAUACGUACUCCAUUUUUUAUUUUAUUUUAUUUAUUUCUUUUUAUCAUUUUCGAAACUAUCAAAAACUUAAGACAUGCGUACCUAAUACCAUAAAAUCGGGCUUGUUAGCUCCAACAAUUUGUUAGUGUUGCGUGU